AUGUUUAGUUGCGGGUCUCCUGGCAAGGACAUGCCCACGGUGGCACCUGUUGCGCGGGGUCACGUGACUUUUUUGCUCCAAGGACGCGCGCCUCCUUCGCUCAUUCAUGGGCGGGCGUCCCCCCGCUCCUUACGGGGGUUAGAGAUUUUUUGCUCCCCUCAUGUACCCGAGGGCUUUCACCUACGUACGGUUUCGAGGUCACGGCGGGAUAUUGCGAGGUUUUGCUCGUCGUUUUGGCGUGCCUCAACUUUGUUUAGGAGUUCCCUCUUACUGGGCUAG